AUUUCCGAGGGCUCGUGAACGCAGCAGUAGGCUGACUGGCUCCGUGAAGAUGGCGGACUGUAUACGUGUUCCUGUGCUCCUGCUUUUGAUGUGCAUCUUGUCGUCUGUGCAUCCAAUUCGAGGCGAAAAUAAUAUUGUCGCCAAACUUGCUGCGAACGCACAGAAUCCAGCCGGAGGUCCUGGAGCGGCCGUGGCGAACCCGGGAGCCGCGGAGAGGAACCUGGGCGCAGGGGCCUCGUUGACUCGGCGGCGCUCUGCCGGCUGGAAGUUGGCUGAGGAGGCGGUGUGCAGGGAGGACCUGACCCGGCUUUGCCCCAAACAUUCCUGGAACAACAACCUGGCGGUGCUGGAGUGUCUCCAGGACAAGAAGGAGGAAACAGAGAUCGCUGCAGAAUGCAACCAUCUGCUGUGGAACUACAAGCUGAACCUGACCACCGACCCAAAGUUUGAGUCUGUGGCCAUGGAGGUCUGCAAGACCACCAUCCCUGAGAUUAAAGAAUGUGCAGCGGAGGAGCCGGGGAAGGGCUACCUGGUGUCCUGCCUGGUGGAUCAUCGUGGCAACAUCAGCGACUACCAGUGCAACCAGUACAUCACCAAGAUGACCACCAUCGUCUUCAGCGACUUCCGGCUGAUCUGCGGCUUCAUGGAGAAGUGCCGCAGCGACAUCAACAAUCUGCACUGCGGCAGCAUCAGCACCGGAGAGAAGGACCUCCACUCUCAGGGCGAGGUGAUCGCCUGUCUGGAGAAAGGUCUAGUGCGGGAGGCCGAGGAGCAGCCGGGGGCGCAACCCAUCAAGGAAGAAUGCAAGAAGUCCAUCAUGAGAAUCGCCGAGCUCUCGUCGGACGACUUCCACCUGGACCGCUACCUCUACUUCUCCUGCCGCGAGGACCGAGAACGCUUCUGUGAAAACACUCUGGCCGGGGAGGGUCGAGUCUACAAAUGUCUCUUCAAUCACAAGUUUGAGGAGGCGAUGUCUGAGAGGUGCCGCGAGGCGUUGACCACCAGGCAGAAGCUGAUCGCUCAGGACUACAAGGUGAGCUACUCGCUGGCCAAAGCCUGCAAGUCAGACCUGAGGAAGUACCGCUGCAGCGCAGACGCCAACAUGCCCCGAGCCCGAGAAUCUCGCCUGUCCUACCUGCUGCUCUGUCUGGAGUCUGCUGUACACAGAGGUCGGGUGGUCAGCGGGGAGUGUCAGGGUGAGAUGAUGGACUACAGGCGAAUGCUGAUGGAGGAUUUCUCUCUGAGUCCGGAGAUCGUUCUUCACUGUCGGAGCGAGAUCGAGGGUCAGUGCUCCGGUCUGCACCGCAAAGGACGAACGCUGCACUGCCUGAUGCGGGUCGGCCGAGGAGACAUGGGAUCCAUCGACCCCAACUGUCAGAGGGCGCUCCAGACUCUGAUCCAGGAAGCCGACCCCGGAGCCGACUACCGUAUCGACCGAGCGCUCAACGAGGCCUGCGAGUCCGUCAUCCAGACUGCCUGCAAACACAUCCGCAACGGAGACCCCAUGAUCCUGUCAUGUCUGAUGGAGCAUCUGUACACUGAGAAGAUGGUGGAGGACUGUGAACACAGACUGUUGGAGCUGCAGUACUUUAUCGCCAGAGACUGGAAGUUGGAUCCCAUCUUGUAUAAGAAGUGUCAGGGCGACGCUGCCCGGCUCUGCCACACUCACGGCUGGAACGAGACGAACGAAAUGAUGCCGCCCGGCGCCAUUUUCUCCUGCCUGUACCGCCACGCCUACCGCUCUGUGGAGCAGGGACGGAGGCUCUCCAGAGACUGCAAGGUGGAGGUGCAGAGGAUUCUCCACCAGAGGGCGCAGGAUGUGAAGCUGGACCCUGAGCUCCAGAGGCGAUGUAUGACCGACCUGGGGAAGUGGUGCAGCGAGAAGACGGAGGCCGGACAGGAGCUGGAGUGUCUGCAGGAUCACCUGGAAGAUCUGGUGUCUGACUGCAGAGACGUGGUGGGAAACCUGACGGAGCUGGAGUCGGAGGAUAUUCAGAUCGAGGCGCUGCUCAUGCGAGCCUGUGAACCCGUCAUCCAGACCCACUGCCACGAGGUAGCUGAUAAUCAGAUCGACACUGGUGAUCUGAUGGAGUGUUUGGUUCAGAACAAACACCAGAAGGAGAUGAACGAGAAGUGCGCGGUGGGAGUGACGCACUUCCAGCUGAUUCAGGUCAAAGAUUUCCGUUUCUCCUACAAGUUCAAGACGGCCUGCAAAGAGGACGUCCUCAAACUGUGUCCCAAUAUCAAGAAGAAGGUGGACGUUGUGAUCUGCCUCAGCACCACGGUGAGGAACGACACCCUGCAGGACGCCAAGGAGCAGCGAGUGUCCGUCAAAUGUCGUAAACAGCUGCGGGUGGAGGAGGUGGAGAUGUCGGAGGACAUCCGCCUGGAGCCGGAGCUGUACGACUCCUGUAAGCAGGACAUCAACAGACUGUGUCAGAACGUGGCCUUCGGCAACGCACAGGUGAUCGAGUGUCUGAAGGAGAACAAGCGUCAGCUGACUCAGCGUUGCCACCAGCGCAUCUUCAAGCUGCAGGAGGUCGAGAUGGUUGAUCCUGAACUGGACUACCAGCUGAUGAGAGUCUGCAAACACAUGAUCAGGCGGUUCUGUACGGAGUCCGAGGGAAAGAACGUUCUUCAGUGUCUGAAACAGAACAAGAACAGCGAGCUGAUGGAUCCUAAAUGCAAACAGAUGAUCACCAAGAGACAGAUCACCCAGAACACAGACUUCAGGCUGAACCCGGUGCUGAGGAAGGCCUGUAAAGCCGACAUCCCCAAGUUCUGUAAGCCCAUCCUGGACAAGGCGACGGCCGACAGCGAGCUGGAGGGUCAGGUCAUCUCCUGCCUCAAACUCAAAUACGCCGACCAGCGCUUGUCUACAGACUGUGAGGACCAGAUCCGGGUCAUCCUGCAGGAGUCGGCGCUCGACUACAGGCUGGACCCUCAGCUGCAGAUCCACUGCACGCAAGAGAUUUCCAGGCUGUGUCCGGAGGAAGCAGCCGCUCAGGAGCAGACGGGGCAGGUGGAGGAGUGUCUAAAGAUUAACCUGCUGAAGAUCAAACAGGAAGCAUGUAAGAAGGAGGUGUUGAACAUGCUGAAGGAGAGCAAGGCGGACAUCUUCGUCGACCCCGUCCUCCACACAGCCUGCGCUCUGGACAUCAAACACCAAUGUGCAGCCAUCCCACCUGGCAAGGGGCGACAGAUGUCGUGCCUGAUGGAGGCGCUGCAGGACAAACGUGUUCGUCUGCAGCCAGAGUGCAAGAAGAGACUUCAGGAUCGCAUCGAAAUGUGGGGCUACGCUGCCAAGGUGGCUCCUGCUGAGGGUUUCUCAGACCUGGCCAUGCAGGUGAUGACAUCACCAUCCAAGAACUACAUCCUGACUGUGAUUGGCGCAGGUGUGUUGCUGCUCUUCCUGAUCGGGCUGCUCUGCGGCAGAUUCACCAAACGCGUCACUCAGGAGCUGAAGGACAGGUAGACUCCGCCCACUCUGGGGUCAGGACACACCCACAGGAGAAACGACCGCCGCUGAACAGAAUCGCCCCUCUCCUCCUUACGCCCACAAAAACUCCACUUACCCCACCCCCCCUUCAUUUACAAACACCCUCCAGACUUACAUUUCCCUCUCCCAUCACUGGAAUGACAUUACCCACAAUCCUGCAGGCGAAAGUGGGCUUGAUCAGUGACUCACCUGCUCUUGUGCUACAUGAGCCCCGCCCACUGUCGUCUCUUCCUCUUCAUCUUUAUCUGAGCUUCUAUACAGAGCGCCGGCUCCUGCAGCAGUUUUACCCUGCACUCACCUGAUGUAGGUUUUCCCCGCUCCCCCCUCUGCUGUGAGGGGGUGGGGUGGGGGGUGUUCGGACAUGGGGUCAGAGGUCAGGAUAUGGGGGCGAAGUGUAAAUGUGUAGAGAACGGGACGGGAAAUGCUCGUGUAUAAAGCGGUUUAAUUACUCUAGUAUUUUAAUGACUACAGUGAGUGUGCGUGCUCGUCUUUCUACCACCAUAUUCUACUAUGUCCUCCGCUAAAGGCUUUUGGGGAGGGUGUUUGGCUCUAUAAAUAUAUAAAUAUAUCUUUGUUCUUUUUUUGUUGCUGAUGUGUGUAAGUUAGAUUUUAUCGCCAUAGGACUGCCAGGCGGGCGGUGCUAAGCAGCCAGCCCUCCACCGAGCCACAGAUGUGAAACAGAGAGAGAGACGUCACGAACAAGCCGGCUCGCUCGGAGCUCUUCAUACAACGGGACUUAUUUGUGGUUAUUUUUAUUUUUGAAACAGCAGACCUGGCAACCUCAGCCCUCCCCGCUGACGCAGUCCGAUUAUUUUUUUUUUUUUUUUUUUUUUUUUGGUUUGCUUUUCUCUUUAUUCCCCCCAGCCCAACGUGUGCCAUAAACGCACCACCACCACCUGCUGCAGCUCCCAGUUUAGCCGAUUUCACCCGUCUGGUGAAAGCAGCUGGUCGGCGCCGGGCCGGGACACAGAGUCUGAUCCAGGACUGGGAGGAGCGGCCAGACCGGCGAGCUAACGGCGGCUGUGGGGAAAACGGCUGAGAGCAAUGCAGGAAAUAAAACCAACAGAAGAAAGAAAGGAAAAGAUUCUAGAUUAUAAAUGGAGAUGUGAACAUUUUUGUGUAAAGAUGAAACUGGAGUCACUGCACAUUUUUCGUUCUUUUUUUUAUAUCUAUAAAUAUAUAUAUAUAUUUUGUUUUGUCAUAGCCUUAUUUAUUUGUUUACUAACGAUCAAGUUUUUAUUUUCUAUGAUUUGAAUGUUCUCUGGUUGCCUUUUCUCCAGCGAGCGAGCGUCCCUUCUUCCUGCGUUGUGUGGGGGGGGUGGCGAAGGUGCGGCCUCCUCCGGGCAUCGACCUGCUGCAGCAGCUGCUAGAUGUUUGACGUGCGGCAGUGAACGCCUCUCUCGCCGGGCAGGGUGUGUCAGACAGCAGCGCGUCUCGAUGAAGUCGAGCGGCAGUUGAAACACGACCUCCUGAAUCCUGAGUCGUGAAUCGGAUCAGAUCGAUGAAUCCCGCGUGAUCUGAGAUCAGAGGAGAUCAGCUGGGCGACGGCGACGAGUCCGUACAUCUCUAUCUUUAAAUGUGAUGAUACUUCAGGGGUUUGACCACUGGUGUGAAGAGGAUUCAGGGUUCAUUGAGCUGUUGGACAAGUUGAGGAAACAGUUUUUGCCUUGUGAAGACGUUCGCUGUGUCAUUCAGCGGGCUUUCGUGGAGCCUGGCGCGAGGACGCGGUCUCGUGUUCUUCAUAUCGCCGUGUCGAGUCUGGUAGUUUCUCUCUGCUUUGUCACGUCCGUGCCGAGUAAAUGAGGAAAGAGGAACUCGCACAAAUCAAAGAAAUAAACCAGAAGCAUGUAAACAAACAAACAAAAGAAGAAAUAAAAAGCUCAAAGGUCCACUUACUAUCCUUUUGUGUGCAUGGACUUCAUCUGACGGAGCUGACUCGGUGUUUUGCGUCUGGAUCUGGCUCGUGUGACGGUUCAGCCUGCAGGUUGAUGCCGGAGGAAGAAGGCGGUUUAAUCGUACGGCGGGGAUUGGCGGUGUUGUCGAGCUUUUCCGGUCUCGGUUUGAGGAGGAGGAGAAUCUGAGUGAUGCCGCGCUGUAGUUAGCCUGUACUCGCGCUGCCCUCCCUGCUUGUGAAUGAGAAGUAAAUCCUGAUUCGUUGACCCGCCUUCAUUUAUUUUUAAUUUCUCCUCCAUCUGAGGUCGGUUUUUAUCAAAGCGUGCCUACUCACCGUCGCGCCGGGGAUCCCGCUGUACAGAACGUCCCAGAACCCCCUGCAGCACCCAGCAGAGGAGCAUGUGAGCGAGUGUGCGUUUGUGUGUGAUGGAUGUUUGUGUGUGUUGCCCACAGGAAGCUGUCGGCUCCUCGCUGUCUCAAGCGAUGAUGACUAGAACAUUUUGAUUUUAGGUUUGUGAUGAUAAAGGUCUUUUUGAGUCUGAAUCCGUCGAGCUCCUGAUCAUCUGAUUUAUUUUUUCCCUGUCCACUUUGUUGGUGUGUUUUUGGGUUUCUUUUUGUUUCUGUACAGAUCAAAAUUGGACAGUUUGUUGAUAAUAAUAAUAAUAAAGUCUGCAAGGUUUCUA